GCAGCAGCAGGGAGGGAGGAGCGACGCACACGACACGGCCUGCUUGCAUUUGCCUGAUCAGGCAGCCGUGAGCAGCGCGGCGAACGAGUCCCGACUUCUUUUCUGUUCGCGCCGCAGCGCAGGCAGCCAGCCACGGCUCGAGCGUGCAUGCGUGCCACAUCGAUCACGCUCGUUUGGAAAUGCGAAAUGCUUGCGCCCGAUUGUCCCUCCUCAGGCAUGUGAGACACCUGUUCCACGCUGCUCCAACUUCGCCGACGCUGUUAUGGCUCCGUUUGUUGCCUGCUGAUGCUUGUGCGGUCUACGCUUCUUCCAGGGCCGUGAUCGAAGCUUCAGUCUAACGGUGCUGUUCCAAGUUAUACAGCCAGUGAUACCUGCUUCGUGGCGAGUGUAUACCGACAAGCGUACAACGCAGAAGCCUUCCAGGCCGGCCCAGCGGCUGCGUCGCGUACUUCGGCUCGUAUAUUUGUCUGUCGGUAUUCGUCAGCAAGUGGUGGCGAAAUUAUCGCGAAAUAACGACUGCGGGUUGAAGCGCGUGUGUGUGGUUGUGCCUCGCUUCCUGUUUGUGUGGCGUUCGUGUCUUUUUCAUUUUGUGCGCGCGUGAUACAGACGGGGCCUGAGCGCUGCCGUCACUUCGCGAGUGCCCGUCGUAGGUAUAUACGCUCCGGGUGUGUGUGCGCGUGUUUUGUGCGGUCGCGAUGGAUACGCCGGACAACAAGCAGCAGGGAGGCAAGCCUGGCUCGGUGACGUCGUCUAUCCAGUCCGCAUUCAAGGUCAUGAUGAACAAGCACAUAUCGUGGCCCUGGUCGCCACGCCUCGUCUACCACGUCAAUCCAAGCGACUCCGUGACACUGUGUACGCUGGGCAUCGGCACUGCGUUCGGCGAGUCCGUGCUCGACAACAGCCCCCACAGUGCCACCGUGGUCACCAACGAGUACUGCGAGCUGCUGAGGAUCGAGCAGAGGGACUUUCGAUCCAUCUGGGAGCGGAACAGGCACCUCAUGGAGGACAUCGUGUCCCCGCUGAGCACUCUUCGCACCAUAUCAAGUUCCACACGGCGGCGAGAGAGCCGGGCGCAGUCGAACGGCACCCUGCGCACCAUCCCGCCUCCUGCGGCGGCGCCGGCAAAGCCAGCCGCGGCCGAACCAGCACCGCUGCCCUCUCGGCAUCCGCCGUCGCCCACCGAGCCGUUCCACAGCAAUCGGCUACUCGUGUCUCAGCCGACGGCACAGGUGCACCGGGCGGGAUGGGUUCUGCGCACGCUGCUGCUGUUCCAGGCGCCUCAGCUGGUCCGCGACCGCAAAUACCACAUGCGCCACUUCAAGCGAUGCAUGGUGGGCACCGAGAUGGUCGACUGGCUGCUCCAGGUGCCGGCCACCCACGUGCGCCUUAACUCGCGCGCACAGGCAGCCGGCAUGUGGCAGGUCCUACUCGAGGAAGGAGCGAUCAACCACGUGACGCGCGAGCACCAGUUCAAGGACAAGUACAUGUUCUACCGGUUUCGCGAGGACGAGGAGGAGCCCACCAAGUUGCCCACGUCCGAAGACCGAGUGCAGGCUGAGGAAGAACUGCAGGACGUGCUCCUGCUGCUUAUGCAGCUCACGCCGGACGCCGUGCUGCGCAUGAUACUGCGGAAGCCGCCCAUGGAGAGGACCCUCGACGAUCUGGACCUUAUCUACGAAGAGCUGCUUCACAUCAAGGCCCUGUCGCACCUCUCCAACAGCGUCAAGCGCGAACUCUACGGGGUGAUGAUCUUCGAGUCGCACCCUAAGGCCGGAACUAUACUCUUCAACCAAGGUGACGAGGGCAAGUCGUGGUACAUCAUACUGCGGGGCUCCGUCAACGUUGUUAUCUACGGCAAGGGCGUCGUGUGCACUCUGCACGAGGGAGACGACUUCGGCAAGCUGGCGCUCGUCAACGAUGCACCACGCGCGGCGACCAUAACGACUCGCGAAGACAACUGCCACUUUCUGUGCGUCGACAAGGAAGACUUCAACCGCAUCCUGAGGGACGUGGAAGCGAACACAGUGAGAUUAAAAGAACACGGCCAAGAUGUUCUUUUGCUGCAAAAGAUACCAGCUGACGCAAGGAGCACUAAUGGUGCCCAUUCGCAUUACAAAUAUAUGGUCAUGGCCGGAACACCGCAGAAGAUGUUGGAACAUCUAUUAGAAACUCGUAUAGACACAAGAACAGAAGAAUCCUCAGAUACCUUCUUAGAAGAUUUCCUGCUAACUCACGUCAUAUUUAUGCCAAGUCAUCAGCUGUGCCCUGAACUUAUGAAGCAUUAUCGCAUCGAUCUUGCGAAUUCGAGGCAGGAGAAGGAAUUCAUCCUCGCAAACAAAAGACGGGUUGUGCAAUUCGCCAACAGCUGGGCGCUCACUGUCCGGGAGGCCUUUUUCGAGGAUCCAGUCAUCCAGGCUUUCGUAGAUGAGCUCUUGAAGGCGGUCAAAGAAGACAGCACCAAAUACGCAGGCUGCCUUCAGGAAGAGCUCAGGACAAUGACGAGGAUCAUGGACUUGCAGGAAAAUGUAUUUCUUUUCAGAUACGUGAAAGAACACGAGUGCGCGGCGCCGCAGCGUUGGAAAGUGGGGCCCUUCGGCCACAUCCGUCACCUGUCGUCCGGGAGCACGACGUCUGAGGACACGGUCGACGUGCAUCGGCCCAUCAAGCCCAAUGAUGAGAUAAUCUUCAGGGUAUACUGUGCCGACCACACGUACACCACACUCAAGACUGCGGUGAGCGCAACGGCCGAGUUCAUCAAGAGAAACGCUGCCGAAAAGUUGAGCCUCAAAGAUGACCUGGUGCUGGUUGAAGUGAAAUCUUCAGGAGAACGUAUCGCAUUCAAGGACUCUGAGGUGAGCGUACCUACCGGUCUGAGUAUCAAUGGAAGGGUCUUCAUUUCGCCGGCAGAUCACCUGGAUGCCCUCACGCCUCUGAGCGAACAAGAGGGCCCGGCGGAAGGGACAGGUGCACUUCUGGAGACACUCAGCUCGCACGACAUCGCCUACCACAUGUCCCUCUACGACUGGCAUCUAUUCUCAUGCAUACACGAGUACGAACUCAUCUACCAGGUAUUCGGCAGGCAUCAAUUCCGGAAGAUCAUGUCCAACCUAGACGUGUUCCAGCGGCGGUUCAACGAAGUUCAGUUCUGGGUCGUCACUGAGAUGUGCCUGGCGAAUACGCUCAGCCGGAGGGUUGCUCUUCUGCGGAAGUUCAUCAAAAUCGCUUCCCACUGCCGUGAGUACCAGAACUUGAACGCGUUCUUCGCCAUCGUCAUGGGACUGAGCAACGUGGCCGUGAGCCGGCUGAGUCAGACCUGGGAGCGGCUGCCGGGAAAAGUGAAGCGCACCUUCGCCGAAUUCGAAACGCUCAUCGACCCGUCGCGAAACCAUCGGCGGUACCGCGUGGCUGUGUCCAAGGUGCAGCCGCCGCUGGUACCAUUCAUGCCACUCCUGCUAAAGGACAUGACCUUCUGCCACGAAGGCAACAAGACCUACAUCGACGGGCUUGUCAACUUCGAGAAAAUGCACAUGAUUGGUCAGACACUUCGGUCACUGAGGCACUCAAGAAGCCAAAGACUAAAUUUGGAGCCACCACCACCAGGAAAGGCUCAGCAAGAUGUUCGAGAGUAUAUAAGAACACUCAAGGUGAUCGACAAUCAGAGGAGGCUUACACAACUCUCGCAUGCUUUGGAGCCACGACGACCAUGAAGACGAUGCUCCAGUCUUAAUUUAUUCAGACUUAGCAUGAAAUGCUAGCCACGAUCUAUGAGACGUCAUUGUUCUCAGCUUCCCUUGGAACUCAUUGUUAACAUUGUAGUUUAGGUGUAAAUGCGGAAACAAAGACACUCUUCAUAUGGUGCAUACAGAAUUGUGUUAUAUAUACAAGAACGGUUAAGGAAGGCAGUGAAGACCAAUCGUCCAUUUAGAAAAAAGCCACUUGCCAGCAAAUGGAGAGCAAAAGGUUCAUUGAAAAAGGGCAGGAGGAGGAGGGAUGCAGCUGUCACUACAACCGCUGCUGUCAUGGCAGCACUACUACUACAUUCAGGCUGUUUUACUCAUGGUUGUUGCCUCAAGACUCCACUGUUGCAGUCUAUUUGUGGUUAUUUUCCCAAUGCUCACUGUUCUCCACCAGAUGUGAGGGGAAAUGGCAAAGAUAGCAGAAGUUUGUAGAGGUUCUAAAAAGGCAGUUUUGAAGCUUUGUUGCAUCUGAGCAGCUUCUCGAAUGGAACUCCGAUUCCAUGAAUGAAUUUUUCACUUAUUAUCAAUUAUAAUACAUGGCAUGUGCUGUUUCACGGCGCCGAAUAUAUAGAUAGUGCCAUUCGUGGAAAUAAUGUUCAUCUGAACAGGUCUGGUAUGUUUGGCCAUCUGCUCGGUUACCAAAAGAAACAUAUACACAGUCAAAUUUUUAAACUGAUAUUUUGGUUACAGUGCAGGCUUUGUAGUAUUUCUACAAAAUAUGAGAACAUAACAUUUUGGUCAGGGUUGUGAUCGCUCACUGCAUGUUUUUAAAACAUGCCUUUUAAGUAAUAUGCCUCUCAAUCAAAAUUUCUACGAAAAGGUGGCGAUUGUAUUCAAGGAAGUCUUAAAAGGAAAACUAGUAUUAACACUGCAAAAAUUAAAAAAAAACUGUAGCCAUCACUGUACUGGUCCUCUAAAUGACCACGCAUCGCACUUCUGCUGUUUUCUCUGCCAUUUCCGUUUUAUUUCCUGCAUUGUCCUUGGCUUCACACCGUGCUGUGGCAAGUCUUGAGCUAUUGAUGGAUCCUCCUAGCCCAGUGUAAAGUCCUGACCAAGUAAAUGGUCUAGAUUUUUUUGUUUCCCAGAAAAACCACAUGUUUGUGAACAAAACUCCUGAGCUGGGGUACUUGUACCUGAACUAUUUUUGAGAGACCGCUUCGUUCCUGGACAGAUUUUUUAUGUAGACCUUUACCCAGAUUCUACAAGAUGUUGUACAUACAUUUGUACAGUGUAGAAGAACAUAUUUUCAUUGAGUUUUAUUUGUUCUACAUGUUCUCGUCAUUCCUUGCUGUUGCAUGCUGUUUAUUUAUAACAUAUGUAUACAUGUACAUCGAGACUAUUCAGUUUAACACCAUUCCAGUUAUUUAAGUUAGCUUCAUGUGUCCGUAUUUUUAUCCGCUCCACACAGGAUUAAUGCAUGCUCUCUCCAAUGUUUUUCAUUCACAGUGGCAUUCAUAUUCCACCUAACAAUAUGUCAAGUAAGCAUCUUCACCCUCUUCUUCACAUAAAAAAAAGUUGCAUGGUAGCACCUGCCCUCAAGAUGAAGGCGACGUGAACAAACUCAGACUUGAUCAUUUAAACUAACUCAUAUUACAUUCUAACUAGACACUUGCAUUAUCUAGAUCGCACUAUUUACAAAUCUAACAUGAAAUACAGUCAUGAUAUAAUUUAGAGAAUUGCCAACAAACUGUGUCAGUUGCCUUGAAGUAGGUAACAUAGCUAUGGAUAAGACGGAUACUUGUGAAGCUGCUUGAGGGAUAUCAAACUAUAAUUCGGUGCAAUAAAAUUUCUCAUUGGUCCAUCACAAGUGGCAAAAAAUUUCUUUUUGAAAAAAGCACACUUGGCAGAUAUCAUUUGUGGCUUACAUUGAGCUGCUGAUGUAAAUGUGCAUUGCCACCAAGUUAUAAACAGCUACCAGUGUGUAAUUCCUGUAGUAUGUUUUUGAAGUGUUUCCUGUGUAUUGUGGGAUUAAGAAGGAAAUUGUUUGACACUUUCCGUUGGUUAAAAACCUAUAUUGUUCCAUGAAAAAGCGAACAAGGUAAAAACACAAUAACUGCAUUGCAAACUUAGCGUGUCGCCAGCUUUCAUCCAUCAUUCAACUGCUUCGACACAGUCCAAGAAAUUUAGACUCACAUGGGCUUUAAUGUUUUCUGGGGAAUGGGCAGGUUCUACACUUAGGGUAUCGACGUGGAGCGUAAAAACAUUGGUCAUGUCCAUAGCUUAUAUGUAAUCCCUUUAUAAGAUUGAUUAUGUGCCGAUUGUUAAUUUGUGCAUGUUUAUACAUCGGCUUGUUUAUCGUGAACAUCGUACAUCUCUGUGUAACCGUAUUCAUACAAACUGCACUGCAAACUUGCAGGUUGCAUACAGAGCACGCCAGUGCAAAUGAGUGUAUUACUGUGCACCCAAGAGAGCCUACGUUUUUCACUGGGCAAUGCACUGAGAAUCCCCUUGACAUCUCGGCUUCUGCAUUGCACUAGUUUCUUUUCUUUAUUCGUGUGUUGGAAAAACCUAAGGAAAAAAAUGUUAACAGCAAUAUAGCUAGCUAAUUGAACUCACUAAACGAGACAGCACAGAAUAUUCGAAAAUGUGGAAAAAAAGGAUCUAUGCAAACUAGAAUGUAGACGACUGCCUCAAGUUGCUUUCUCACGACUUGAUGCUUUAGGGUGUUCAAAUUGCUGUUCAGAAUUCAACCGUGUGGUUCGGCGAAGAUUAGGCAGCCUACAUAUUGUCUUGCAUGUUUGUCAGUGUUACUUAAGUAGUGACACCAUCGGAGUGCAACUUUGUAAUCUGCUUAUCAUUAGUUCAUUCCGUUUUCACGCAUUAUUCUGUCCCUGCUAAUGUGCUUAAAUGUACAGUAUUUCACGCGAGUCUGUGUUGCGGCACUGUUCCUCAUCGCCAUUGUCUCUUUCUCUAGCAAAUGUUUUCUUGUUUUUUCUUUCUUCUCUCUUUGACUUACACGCCUGAAUGCUGCCCUUCUGAACAUUAAUCGUUAGCUGUGUGACCAUGUAUGUUUUAUUCCGUACUGCACCAACCUAAGAAUCUGGCGUUUUCAAACGUUUGUCUUGUUUUCAUGCGUGCAGUAUCUGCUUAGGUGUGUACAAGAACAGUGUGACGUUUAAAAAAAUAGCUUCGUGAACAGUUGUAAAAUACACGAAUCUGUGUGUGUAUUUAUAACCAAAAAUUUUGUUUUUCCCAUAUAAAUAUGUAUAUUCCUCAUGUAAAAUAUGUUUUGAUAUUUGUAUGAAUAUACAGUAAAUACAUAGCGUGAUAAGAAAGAAA